AUGCAGGACUACGAGGAGUCUGUGGCUUUCCUGGGGACCUGGGGCCCCUUUCAGAGGAGAAUCGUCUUCCUGCUUUGUCUCACCACCGUUCCAUGUGGAUACAACCUCCUGUCCGUCAUCUUCCUGCUGGCCACCCCCCCACACCACUGCCACAUCCCCACCCACAGCAACCUGAGCCAGGACUGGAUCCAGGCCAGCAUCCCAGCACAGCAGGUGGCCGGGCGGCCGGAGCGGAGCAGUUGUAGCCGGUAUGAGCUGGAUCAGGUGCAGAACCUUUCUGCACUUGGAAUCAGACCCAGCCUGGAACUGGUCCACAACCUGUCUGCGCUGGGAUCGAGUCCAGAGAUUGUCCUCUCCAGUCUGAAUCAGGAGGGCUGUAAAGAUGGAUGGACCUACAGUACUGAGCACUACCAGUCUACUGCAGUCAGUGAGUUCAACCUGGUGUGCAGCAACCAGUGGAAACAGCCUCUCACCUCUCUGGUCUACUUUCUGGGAGGACUGUGUGGCAGCUUAGUCUCUGGACAAAUCUCUGACCGGUUCGGCAGGAAGCCUGUGCUGUUCGGCUCCAUCGCCAUGCUCAGUGUCUUCAGCAGCGCUGUGGCCUUCGCUCCCUCCUGGCCCGUCCUGACGCUGCUCUUCUUCAUGAUGGGCCUGGGUCAGAUUGCCUGCUACGUGGUUGUGUUUGUACUGGGUUCGGAGACCCUGAUUGGUUCAACCAGAGUUUUCUUCUCCAGCCUAUGCUUGCCUUUUGUCUACACGGUUGGGGUGAUGCUGCUGCCUGCCACUGCUUACCUGGUCAGGAGCUGGAGACAUGUGUCACUGCUCUUGGCCGUGCCAGGCCUGGCCUGUAUCCCCCUCUGGUGGCUGGUCCCUGAGUCUCCUCGCUGGCUGGUGUCUCGUGGCCGUUUGCAGGAAGCAGAACUCCUGCUGAGGUCAGCGGCUCUGACGAAUCGAGUGGAAGCUCCACAUGUCAUCUUCCUCUCAGCCAGCGUUGAAAAAUCAACUACCGAGAAGACAGCGUCCCUCGGCUUCCUGGACCUGCUCAGGACUGCAAACAUUCGAAGCCUCACACUUGUGCUUUGGCUCAUCUGGUUUUCUUUGAGUGUGAGCUACUUUGGGCUGUCAUUCAACAUGUCUGGUCUCUAUGGCAGCCCCUUCCUAAAUUACUUCCUGGUGACACUUGUUGAGCUCCCAGCCUAUGCUGCCAGCUGGUUGGCCGCACGCAGUCUUCCUCGCCGCCUGUCCUUUAUCAGCUUCGCCCUGCUGGGGGCGAUAGCUGUGCUCCUCAUCCAGGUCACUCUGCACAGUGACCCCGCUGUCACCCUGUCCCUGGUGCUGGUGGGUAAAUUUGGUCUUCUGGCCAGCAACGGGUUGUUGUACAUGUACACCGGUGAGCUGUCUCCCACAGUCAUCAGGAACACAGCCAUGUCGUCCUGUACCACGUUCUCCAGACUGGGUUCUUCUGUUUCCCCAUACCUGCUGCAGCUGGCUAUGUUCUACCAGUUCCUGCCGUGGAUCAUUGUUGGUUCUCUGGCACUGCUCUGCGCCCUGCUCUGCGUCUUCCUGCCCGAGACCUUCAGAAAGCCGCUGCCUGACACAAUCCAGCAGAUGGCGCACACUUCCAUGUUCAGGUGGCCAUGGGCCUCCACGCCUCCUCCAAUGGGUGAUGGAAAGUCAGCUAAAGCCGAGACUACUGCACCUGAGAUCAUCUGCGCAACUCACCUCUAAUGCUCCUGGCACACACCCAAAUGAAAAAAACAAACCAUGGGUGACACAAAAACUGCCUAAAGACCACCAAAAUGUGUGUUAUUUAAUAAAUUAGAUUUUAUGGUGGGGUGGUUUUCUGUGUCCACAGGCGACAACAUGUGAACACUGGGAGAGGACCUGCAAGGCCUCUGGUGAUGCAUUUGAUGGUGAUGCCAAAGGAAAAAGUGAAGUCAGUAGGACAUUAAAGGGAGCAUUUAAAAUCAGACAGCAGUUCACUUUGCUCGCCGUUGAUCUAGUUUACUAUGCUUCCUCUAAUUGACUGAAACACUGGUGCAUUUGAGAUGAUAAAUGUGACAUGAAUGUGACAAUCAGUGUCAGCAUAAAUAUGACAGGAGGUAAGGUCUGUUUU